GCAGCCGCUUGGCGCCUCAUGGAAAUGUUUGGAACGUUUAACGCCUCGAAGAAGGAGGGCCCCGCUGAACGCUGCCUGAAUGGCGCGCGCGCGCGCGCAUCACGACCCUCCGCGGUCAGCCGAGUAAAGUGCUCUUUAACCUUCGCGCGUGGGGGCCUCCGCUGGUCGCGACGCGGGGCCAAGCGGUUCAUUGGGGAAUCUUCGCAAGCCGGCGACGACUGCGGUUGGCUUCGACGGCGGCCCUGCCGAAAUGACGUCGGCAAAUAAAAGGGUUUAGCGUAGCGUUGCGACAUCUCGGGUUGCCCGUUGCAGUUGCGCGCGCCUGGAGAGGGUCUUUCUUUGUGAUUUCUCUUCUGUUCCCGGACGAAGAAAGAAGUAAACGAAGGAAGAAAGAAAAGAAAGUCUUUGGCAAGUGCUUUUCUUUCACUCGCCGUUCGGGGACACAUUGAACGCGCCUUUCUGGUUCCGAGCUAAUAGGAACCCCUCGCCCUCGUCGUCACUGGUCGCGUCCCGUCGCGUGAGCGAGGUGGCCGGCCACCGUGGAGAGGACAGACACUGUGUCCGUCGUGAUCACGUUCGGAAGCGGCUUUGUCGAACUCCAAGCUGGCGCCCGCGUCGACCACAUCGUCGCCCUCCUAUGUCCGCCGGUGCGCAUGGAGCUCGUGUUCGCCUCGAAGGAAUCGGCGCUCGUCAUUCAGCAUCACGAAGUCUUCAACAAGAUGCAAGAGCGCGAGUGUCCGCUGGACACUCCGCUGGACACCAUCUCGCUGGACUCUGGCGAAGAGGACAACGACGACCGCGAGGAAGGGAAGGCGAGUCUCUGCUCGAGGCGCCUCACCUUCCUGCUCACCUGCCUGGCGCCAAGCGCUGACAUCAUCAACAUUUGGAGGUACCCUUACAUCGCCUACAAGCACGGAGGUGUCGUACUGGUUCCGUGCAUAAUCCUGUUCGUACUGGUGGGCUUCCCGCUCUAUUACCUGGAGCAGACCAUCGGACGACUGCACGCCAACAAAAAGGGCGGCGGACAAUGCCUCGGACACCUCGUGCCUAUCUUCAAGGGCGUGGGCUACGCCUAUUCGAGCCUGCUGGCGCUGAUGUCGGUCUACUACAUGGCCAUCCUGACCUGGGUGCUGCUGUACCUCUUCUCCUCGAUGCAGGAGACGCUGCCGUGGAGCCAUUGUGGCAACGAGACCGUCGUGCAGGGUUGUCCCAGCACAGGUGAACCGAUGUUCCACCCUUGCAUCCCGACGAACUUCACGAACAACGGCAGUGACAUCGAUGUCGUCUGGGUCCGGGCACCAAGCGAGGUGUACUUUCAUGAAGUAGUCACCAAGUUGACGUCCGAAGUCCGCUCCCUGGGAACCGUGUCGUGGCCCCUUCUACUGUGCCUCCUGGGAGGGUGGAUUGUUACUUACCUCAACGUCAUUCGUGGCAAGAUAUCCUUCCGAAAGACGGCCAUUUUGCCUGCCAUAGUGUUGAUUCUAUUCAUGUGCGCAAUUUUCGGAACUAUCACCAGCGACCCCGGCUUCCUAAAUGGCCUCCACUACUUUUUUUCCUUCGAAUGGAAAACACUGAGGAAACCAGACGUGUGGAACGACGCAGCAGCCCAGGUGGCUCUAAGCCUUUGCACAGGCACGAGCCUGCUACAGCUGCUGGGCCGACGUGGCAGCAAGUACCGUGGCCUGGUCCACGACGCUGUCAUUGUGGUGCUCGUCAACAUUAUCGUGUCCUUCUUCAGCGGCGUGGUGGUCUUCUCCUGCUUGGGGUUUGUCUCUAAGGCCAUCAACAGGACAUGCAUCAAGUUCCUGCAAGAAGGAUUCGGCACCCUGUUUGCGGUGAUCCCCGCGGCACUGGCCAGCCUUCCGGGCUCGGUGGUGUGCUCGAUCCUGUUCUUCGCCCUGCUGGCCCUGCUCUGCCUGGGCCGCAUGGAGCAGAUGAUGCUCGCGCUGCUCACCUGCCUACUCGACAAGUUCUCCAGCGCGCAGAUACGCAAGCGCUACUGCCUAUUCGUGCUCGGCGUGUGCGGUGUGCUGUUCGCCGCGGGUGUCGUCUUCACUACGCCCGCUGGAAUUCACAUCUUGGCCGUGAUGGACGCUUAUGUCUUCUCUUGGACAGCGUUUCUGCUGGGAUUCCUUGAAUGCGUCGUCAUAACUUGGAUAUACGGGUUCAAGCAGUUUGCUGAAGACGUUGACACAAUCCUUCAGCAAACACUUGGGAGAGGAUGGAUGGUGAUCUGGUCAUUUGUCACUCCUGGUGUGAUUCUGGUCACAUUGGUGUUCACCAUAUUUGGAAGCCCUGACAUCUCCUCCGGGCUCUUCAAGAACUCAUUCUGGGGACCUAUACUUGGAUGGACCCUAUUCGCUAUAGUUAUCUGCCACAUUCCAGGAUAUGUCAUUUACAAGAUCGUCUACACAGGCUGCUACACGGACGGGAAUCGAUGGGACGAGUUCAAGCGCCUGGUGAAGCCCGUGCCCCUGUGUACCAAGGUGAUGAAGGCCGACAAGAACGCCAAGGCUGGCAAGGAAGCCGCGGCGGCCCCGCGCAUCCUCGUCAUCCGCAAGAAAGAGGCCAACCAGCAAGGGCAGCUGUACAUUCCGUACGGCUUCGUCGUCUGCCCAGAGAAGAGCCCCAAGGUGAAAGGAGCCACACACCCCAACAAGCUGGUCUUCUCAUUUCCGGACGUCGACCAGUCGUACAGCUUGACGGACAGCAACGUGACCCGGCUGAUGCCGCCGCCGCGGUGCGACGAGAUCUUUUUCUACACGCCGCAGAUGUCACAGAUGCGCAAGAAACUGCAUCUCGGCUCCAUGGAACAGAUCCCCCAGUCUCCCUCCAGCUCAUCGACGCACGAGCUAUCCGAAAGCUUGAGUUCAGACCAAUCGGACGCCCCCAAGAGGGAUGACCCCCGCGUCCGUCGCGUGAGUCUGGUAUUCACGACGAGUGAAGCGAGCGACGACCGAAUCGUGCUUUCUCCGUCAUCGCUUUCCAAGUGCUCCGAGAGUCCCGAGGAAGGCGAGGCCAGCUCGGAAAACGUGAGCGUGGGCGGAGGAGCUCGUGCUCGCUGCAAGCGCCGCUCUUCGCUUGGCGUGCUCAGGACGAGCGAGCGAAGCGACUCCGAGUCUGUCAAGACGUCGCAUGUCUGACACCUGACGAGCUUAAUCCCGCUUGUGGACUUGCGACGAUUUUGGUGCAACGUCAGGCAGAGCCAUGUACGCCCCUAGUUUCAACGACGACCUCUGCGCCACGUCGGAAUCGGACUCACCAGCUCGGGCUCACACCCAGUGCCGAACUUGUGUAAACGCGUCGGAAUUGUGCCAUAUGCAGUACUGCGUGCGGGUAAGGUUUUGUUCGCAUCUUGCAAUCAGAACGUUGUACCUUGAAGCAAUACACCAGGUUAUGCAGUUGUUCGUUCGGCCUAGGUGCCAGUUUUGAGCAUGCGUUGUUGGUAAACCUAUAUGGUCGCCUGCGCGCGAUGGCUUCUCAGGGCAGUGCCCCGAGGUAGUGGACUGGUCAUCUUGCUGUACUGAAACGUUCUGCUGUUCAUUGUACCUUUACCUGGUGCCGUAUCGUCAGUUAACUGCUAUCCAACGCGUCGCUUUUCAAGACGCGCUAGUUGGCGGAUGGAACUAGACGGGACGAAAGGACCUUCGCGGUCGGGCAGAUUAUUCGUCGGUGUUGUUUUUACCCCCACCCCCCCGUCCGCAGUUCUAAAAUGCUACGAUGGCAAGGGGCAGCGCAAAUUUUGGAAAAUGAGUGUUUUGCUACUACAGUGCACACCGGGCUGGAAUGAUUACGCCAUGUGCAACUGAAUGUACCACUGAAAGAACUCGAUCAGCUAUGCGGCGCCAGGUUACUGAGUACGCGCAUUUUACGUUUAUGAGUAACCCGGUAAUGUGUUAAGAACGCGUGGACCAAGGAAAGUAAUUGCUAAGCACUUUAUGAAGUCUGACAGUGCAGAAAUAUUGCACCACCAAAACAAGCUAAUGGCAGUUUACUGUCGGCUUGUUUCACGACAUAUCGCGGUACAUGUUUGGAAACGGCCAUCUUAUGGUGCCUUAAUGGGUCUGCGGGCCGGCCUUUGUAGGCAUACAGGUGAACGCACCAGCGAUUGUGAAUAUGUAAUGUUGUUUUCUACGUUUUUUUAGACAUUUGAGGAUAUUAUCAACGUGUAUUGUUUGUUUCUGAAUGCCGUUAUCGUUUUUUGUUUGUUUGUUCCAAACGUCAUACUUGUUUGUACUCACUCCAUUCGAAUGACUGUCGUGUCUGUUAGAAUUUCAGCAGCAUGCGGAUCGUCUGUGCAUUUGUCAUGUAUGCUGUAUAUUUAUUCUCGCCUAAAGGGCACUUUUGCCAGCUUCACUGUUUUGUUUUUCUUUCAUCAUUGCAUCUAUCGUUCACUGACUGCAGUAUAUCUUGUGUAAAGCGAACACAUUUCUAAGCGCGCGAUGACACGUGGUCUACGUAUUUGCCAAGCAGGCAAAGUCCUCGUCCUGGAAAGAGUCAAAGAGGAACUACUCCGAAGUGAUUGAGCCUGCUGAGAAGUCUUUCUGUACGAAUGUCUGUUGAAAAGCAGAAAUAAAAACUGAAGUACAAGUUUUUCUUUCA